GUUUCUUCGUACUAUGGAAGUAACCGGAAGAAAACACGGGAAAAAACGGAUCACCUUUCUGCGAGAAUCAUUUUUCUUAACUCGUAGCUAUAAAACACGACUCUGGCUCUUCACCAACUUUUAACAUCACUCAAAAAAAUCUUCUGUUGUGCACGAAACAUGCUUCGCGUCGGCUACCUAGGUCAAACUGAGAGGGGAAAUAAUAAAAUGUUUGAUAAAUCUUAUCUUAUUUCUCCUAAAUAUUUAGAUUACAUGGGAAUCAAUCCAGGUUUAUUUAUCGUUUGAAUAAAAAUAAGUAUACAGUUUGUACUUUACUGCAGAUUGUGUAUGGUUAUGCGGAAGAUUCUAUCAGAGUUGAAUUGAUGUUUGCGUGUUGUUUGAACCGAAGCUCAUUUGGCAAAAAAAAGUGUGUACUGAUAGCUAUAGAUAAUUGGGAUUAGUUUCCCUCCGUGUUUGUUUUUGGAAAAUCAAAAGUCAAUAUUAAAAAAUAUUGCAUAAAAACUGCGAUAUUUUUGUAUUUUGCUUCCUUUGGCCGACCAUAAGAAAGUAAACGACUUCAAAACUUCCGUUAGAUGCGAUAUACUUUGAACAUCUUUUCGUCUCACCCAUGAGUGAGAUGCACACAAUGUCCGACGUCGAAGAUGAGUCGUUCGUAGUUCUCGGUUCGAUGCCAACGCCAUUCAUGGAACAGUACUUCUCUUGUAACGCACAUUGGCAGGAAUCGACGACAAAUAAAAUGUGGACACAGGCAAUCCCGAACAAUUUCCGUCAGUUUCGAGCAGAUGAGUCAAAAAUGACGACAUCUCCGAAAUCGAUCCAAUCGGUACAGAGUGCCUCAACUACGGCAAGCAUUAACGGAAGCAACGCACAGGCGGCGAGUUUUAUAAUCGGCGAGACCAAGACCACCUCCAUCGAUGAGAUUCAAAUGCUCCAGCACCUGACGAACGAACAAGAAAAUGUAAAAGAAGUCAUCCAGUUGAUCAAUGUGGCAUUGAGAGAGAGUCUCACCAGCUUCCAGAAACGGCUUGAAGAAAACAAAGCUGAACACAAAUGCCGUCAAGUUGGGAUGAAUGACGAACAUACUGCGAUCGUAGACCUCCUCAAAGAACAAAACGAUAAACUUAAGCAGCUUGUACUUGCUGCAGAAACUCGAGCCACAGACCAGGAAAAGCGCGCCACCAAUUUGGAAAAUACGCUUGAGAGAACACUGGCCGAGUUGAAUGAGUUGAAGAAAAAUGUAUCUGAAAAGGAAUCGCUUCUGAAGAAUAUGGCUCAGGAAAUCGAACGUUUGGAACUGGAAAACAGGAAUUAGCGAUCGCCUAACAAAAACAACCGGAUACUGCUGAGAUCGGGGUGCUUUUUAUCACUAAAGAAAAUCACGACAGGCAGAUUGAGGUGCUACACCAUUAAGGCUGUGUACUUUAGUGCCCGAUAUAUACUGCUUCGCAACUAAAGCUAAGUAUGCUGUUCCGCUCAAGAAAAGUUAAAAUUUCUGCGGAAGAAAUGGCCAAGAAAUUUUCUA